AUGGCUGAAGAGAAGACGAUGGCAAAAAAUAACAAGGGCCGAGUAAAGACAAACAACUCAGGGGCAUCUGUAUUGGCUCUCGCCGAUGAUCAGGAGCGGAGCCGGCUCUUUCAAUUGCCUCAAGAGCUCCGAGAUUCGAUCUACGAUCACCUAUUCUUGGAUACAAGAGUAUCUCAUGGUCGGAGACCACUAGGAGAGGUCAAAUGUUUGCGAAUCACUCCCGCUCCGAAUUCCCUUUCGCUGUUGAAGACCUGCCGUCGCGCCAGAGCUGAAAUUGGACACAGCUGGCUCAGCCAGGUCCUGUUCAACUUUGAAGACGUCAAGACCAUGAUGGAAAAGCUGACUGCUGUCCCUCUGAGAACACUCUCCGCGAUCCGCCACUUAUGCGUUCGGGGACACUCUUUGACGCUUUCUUGUCCCGAAAAGAAAAUGUACUACAACCUGGUCCAUGGUUUGAAAUUCCUGCCGGGCUUGCAGCUUGACACGCUGACAGUUCUCAAUCUAUACGGCAACUGCGUCACUUACGAUGUCUUGAAUUCUCUCAUAAAGUAUGGCCAAGGGUGGAGGGAGCUGCGGUACAUCUCACGCCGUUCGGACAUACUUCAAUAUGUGAACGACUUCAUUAUAUUACAAGGAUUUGAUGACUAUAAUCAGCGACGUCAACGCAAGCCACAGCCAGCCAACUGGAUCAGGACUAUGAACAGUCGAGACGGGGCCGCCAAUCAACCUUCUGUCGCUAUCUAUCGGUCUACUCUGCCUGGUACGACUUGCACAGUGAUUAAUGAAGCAACCCGUGUUCGGUUCGAGCAGGAGUGUCCGGAACCAAGCCAAGAGGCACUCUUCGGAGGACGGGCAUGUGCCAGUUGUAUGUCCUCUGGCGAGAAUGCCAAAGAGCUUAUGGUAAUAGUCAGGCGUGGCAACGGCGUUGAUUACCAGGAGAAGCAGCGACCUCCCCUUCUACCGGAAAUAGGUGAUAUCCGCGCAGACUGCCCUGGUAUGACCUGGGAAGAAAUCAGCAAAAAACACUUUGCCCCUCCGUCUGAUUCUGGCAACGCUGACCGUUGUUUUGGUAACGACUCCAGCGAUCACGCUCCGGAAAAGAUGGAUGAGUACAGACACGUUGAGGAGUACGAAUGGACACCGCUAAAAUCCGAAUAUUAA